AUGCUGCUGGAGCGGGUCCGCGGCGGCUCGGAGAAGGCAGCGGAGCUCUGCCCCUUCCCGCGGAGCCCAGAGAUCCCGCUGUGCGCCGGCUGCAACCAGCACAUCGUGGACAGGUUCAUCCUCAAGGUCCUGGACCGGCACUGGCACAGCAAGUGCCUGAAAUGCUCCGACUGCCAGACGCAGCUGGCCGAGAAGUGCUUCAGCCGCGGGGACGGCGUGUACUGCAAGGAGGACUUCUUCAAGCGCUUCGGGACGAAGUGUGCCGCCUGCCAGCAGGGCAUCCCCCCGACCCAGGUGGUGCGGCGGGCGCAGGACUUCGUGUACCACCUGCACUGCUUCGCCUGCAUCGUCUGCAAGCGGCAGCUGGCCACCGGCGACGAGUUCUACCUGAUGGAGGACAGCAGGCUGGUCUGCAAGGCCGACUACGAGACGGCCAAGCAGAGAGAGGCUGAGUCGACGGCCAAGCGGCCCCGCACCACCAUCACGGCCAAGCAGCUGGAGACCCUGAAAAACGCCUACAACAACUCGCCCAAGCCGGCGCGGCACGUCCGGGAGCAGCUCUCGUCGGAGACCGGGCUGGACAUGCGGGUGGUGCAGGUGUGGUUCCAGAACCGCCGGGCCAAGGAGAAGAGGCUGAAGAAGGACGCGGGGAGGCAGCGGUGGGGGCAGUACUUCAGGAACAUGAAGCGCUCCCGGGGCGCCUCCAAGUCCGACAAGGACAGCAUCCAGGAGGAGGGCCCCGACAGCGACGCCGAGGUCUCCUUCACAGACGAGCCCUCCAUGUCCGAGAUGAGCCACUCCAACGGGAUUUACAGCAACCUCAGCGAGGCGUCCCCGGCUCUGGGGAGGCAGGCUGGGACCAACGGGAGCUUUGCUCUGGAUCACAGCGGCAUCCCAGCUCAGGACCAGUACCACGACUUGCGCUCCAACAGCCCCUACGGGAUACCCCAGUCCCCAGCCUCCUUGCAAGCGCUGCCGGGCCACCAGCCUUUAAUCUCCAGCUUGGUUUACCCCGACAACAGCCUGGGCAUCAUGGGACAAGGCGGACAGGGGGUGCCCCAGCCCAUGAGGGUCCUGGCCGGGAACGGACCCAGCUCCGACCUCUCCACCGGCAGCAGCGGGGGGUACCCGGAUUUUCCUGCCAGCCCGGCCUCGUGGCUGGACGAAGUCGACCACGCUCAGUUUUGA